AUGGCCAUCAUCAGCUUCUCAGCCGCACUGAAAGGCACAAUCUUCUCUUCAGUUAGGUAUAGUGCCCUUUCCUCGACCUCUCUUCCUAUGACACUCGUGCAGACCACUUCGAACUCCGCGUUCAUUCUGGAAAUCGUCCCAGCGGGUGAUCACGCAAGUGCCGUGGAGGUGGCGAACGGCGAAGCAAUGCAGACAGUCGCUCUUGGCGGGUCCGCAAUCACGGUGGAAGGCCAAGUGGCCAGCGCUGGCUCUGCUGGGCACAUAGUCACUGGAGCAGGCAAUACCGCUGUCACGCUCACGCCAGGUGCUGCACCAUCACCGCAAGCACAACCCGUGAUGGCCGACGUCGGCUCACAGCACAUUACAAUCUCCCAGAUCGGUGGCCAAGUAACGCUAUUGAGGUAG